UUUGGCGGAGGCACCAACGGGCCUCAAUAGGGGCUAUGGCGCCGGCGCCUGGGCCGCGGAGGAAAGGGGCGGCGGGGCCAGGCUCCCCCGUCCUACUCCGGGCCCUACGCCGAGCCUGGCAGGAGAAGCACCUGGUGCUCUUAGAGCCUCGCUUCACCCCGCUGGUGGCCGCCUGCCUCUGCUUGGCCGAAGUGGGGGUCAACCUCUGGGUCAUCCAGAGGGUGGCAUACACCGAGAUCGACUGGAAAGCCUACAUGGAUGAAGUGGAGGGGGUUGUGAACGGGACCCUGGAUUACACCCAACUAAAGGGGGACACGGGUCCCCUUGUGUACCCUGCUGGCUUCGUUUACAUCUUCAUGGGUCUUUAUUAUGCCACCGACCGAGGCACCAACAUCCGCAUGGCACAGUACUUUUUUGCCACCUUGUACCUGGCCACCCUGCUGCUUUUCCGCAUCUACAGCCGCACCAAUAAGGUCCCUCCCUACGUCUUCUUCUUCAUGUGCUGUGCCUCCUACCGCAUCCACUCCAUUUUCGUCUUGCGCCUCUUCAACGACCCGGUGGCCAUGGCAAUCCUUUUCCUGGCUGUCAAUCUCUUCUUGGAGGAUCGCUGGUCCUGGGGCUGCUUCUGCUACAGCCUGGCUGUGUCGGUCAAAAUGAACAUCCUCCUCUUUGCGCCGGGACUUCUCUUCCUUCUCCUCCGGCGCUUUGGCCUGCGAGGGGCCAUUCCAAAGCUCGCCAUCUGUGCAGUCCUUCAGGUGGCCCUGGGCUUGCCCUUCCUGAUGGAGAACCCCGUGGGAUACGUGUCCCGUUCCUUUGAUUUGGGUCGUCAGUUCCUCUUCAAGUGGACCGUAAAUUGGAGGUUCUUGCCCGAAGAAGUUUUCCAACACCGGGCUUUUCACCUGGCACUGUUGGUCCUCCACUUCACAGUCCUGGCUCUCUUUGCACUAACCAGGUGGCACAGAUCUGAUGAAACCAUCUUGAGCCUGUUAAAGGAUCCAGCCAAGAGGAAGGACCAUCCAAAACCUCUUUCAGCAAAUCAGGUCAUUUUCCCUCUCUUUACCUCUAAUUUCAUUGGCGUUUGCUUCAGCCGCUCCUUGCAUUACCAGUUCUACGUCUGGUAUUUCCAUACCCUGCCCUACCUGCUCUGGUGCACGCCACCCAAGAAGCUGGCCCACCUACUGAAAGUGCUUAUCUUAGGUUUAGUCGAGCUCUCGUGGAACACGUAUCCCUCGACCGUUUACAGCUCAGCUUCUCUCCACGUGUGUCAUGGAAUCAUCCUUCUGCAGCUCUGGCACGGGACAAGGUCUUCUCCGGAGGAGAAGCAGCCGUCAAAAAAGGUGGAAUGAAAAAACGACUCAGAAGAAAGAGGGACAGUAAGAAUUUGGAUUAAGAUCGGCCGUUGCUGAGGACCACUGAGAAGGGGCCGUUCACAGACCUUCCCGGUGCCAGAUGUGCUUGCGGGGCGAUGCCCUGCCUUCUCUUCCCUGUGGCUAAAGUGGGGUGCGGAAUGGGAAUUGGCAGAGCUGAUCGUCACACCAAAGAUAAUGUGGAAUAUCUUGAAUAAAGGACAGUAAUGGUUGGAUAA